AGUCGCGUUCCUAGGGGUUAUGGCGAGUUUAGUCACGCCCCGAGAGGCUGUGACGAGAUUGGUCGCGCCCCGGGGGGCUGUGACGCGAUCAGUCGCAUCCCGAGGGGCUGUGACGGGAUCAGUCGCGCGGUGGACAGAAAGGGUGAGUUCAAGCGCGCGGUAAAGACAAGUGACGUGUCCUUUCGCGCAGAAAGAAAAAGCGUGCAGUUCAGUCUUGCACCAAGCAACAGCGACGAACUCAGUAGCGCUACGAGGAGUAGUGUCUAUUCUAACCGCACAGCAUCUAACAGCAGCGAAUUAAGUCACGCAGAAAGAAACAGUGAUGGGUCUAGUCCUCCAUUUCGAAACAGAAGCAGUCAUGCAAGGACGAGCGGUGAAGAAUCAAACUGCAACUCACGGGGUGAGGGAGCCUUCAGCCACUCAGAAUGUGACAAUGACAAGCUAAGUCGUACACUGAGGAACGGUGUUGCCUUGGAUCGGGUGAUGCGCAACAGUGACAAAGUCGGUCGCUCAGAAGGGAACGAUGGUGGUAAAUAUCGUACAGCAAGGAUUGGUGACGUGUUCACUCAUGCAGAAGGCUACAGUGACGAGAAUAAUCGUUCGCAGACAAACAGUGACGAUUUUGAUCGGGUGGCUCGUAACAGCGACAACGUCGUUCGGGCAGGAAGGAACGAUGGCGGAAUGCAUCGUACAGUAAAGAGCGGUGGCGAGUUCACUGAUGCAGAGGGAAACAGUGAUGAGAAUAAUCGCUCGCUGGGCAACCGUGAUGAUUUUGAUCGGGCAGUUCGUAACAGUGACAGCGUUAGUCGGGCAGGAAGGAACAAUAGCGGGAUAUGUCGUACAGAAAGGAUUGGUGGCGAGUUCAAUCAUGCAGAAAGAAACAGUGACGGGUAUAAUCGUUCGCUGAGAACCAGUGACGAUUUUGAUCGGGUAGCAUGUAGCAAUGACAAAGUCAGCCGGGCAGGGAGGAACGGUGGUGAGUUAAGUCGUACAGCACGGAACCGUGGCGCGUUCACUCACGCAGAGAGGACAAAUGACGUGAUCAGCCGCGCGCCGAGGAACAGUGACGAUCUGUCUUGGCAAACGCGCAACAAGGAAGACCUCAGCCUUACAGGGAGAAACGGCGGUCGGACAAGCCGCACAACGAGAGACAGUGACGAGUCUAGCCGCACAACGAGAGACAGUGACGAGUCUAGCCGCCCAGCGAGAUCCGGCGGCGAGCUCAGCGGCGAUCCGCCCAGAUCCCUGGACGACACUGGUCACUCCUCCACCGUCCAGCGCGCCGUGGGCAAGGCAUUCAUCACAAGAAGUCAGUCGCCGCUCUCGACGGACUCAUCCCUGGCGAGCUCGGGGUCAGCGGUGGCGCAAAGCGAUUUCAGAGAUUCCGAAGCUGGUCCAGAGGUGGCGCUGCUGACGAGCGGCUUGUUUUCGCCUGCUGAAGCACUGUUGCAGGAGAUGAGCGUCACUGGGGUGCUGGGUGUCAACGGCAGUGCUGCGCCGCCGCUGGCCGGCGUGACGCCUGACCCGCGGCCGGCUCGACCCGACCCCAGGCAGCGUCGGUCCGAUCCCACCGCUGGCCUUCAGAAGCGGCACAGCUGGCUGGAAUACCAGGCCGACCACAUCGCGUUGCCGCGAUCGCUGGACGUCGACGGACUCUCACUGCAGCGGCCAUUGUUGGACGGCGACCUUGGCGGGCCGCCCAGCCGACCGACCGCAGUCGUAUCCGGCGAUCAGCUGACGGGCCGGCCGUGA